AUGACCCCAGCUAUGCGAGGGAAAGUCAAGAGCACUGUCAUGGAGGUGGACGAGUGCGUCCACACCUUAACUGAGAGCUUCGAGCCCUUUGUGCCUGAAGCUCACCCAGGCGAUCGGUUACUGGACCGCUAUGCGGACCGUCUCCACUUUGACGAGCACGAUCCUGCCCAGGAUAGGGCUGACCCUUUAACAGUACUGGCUGCAACUGAUGGCUCUGUCCCUCAGUCCAACCAGUAUCAGGCGGCUUUGGCAGCCAUCAUCUACAAGGGACAUCGCGAGCUCGAAAGGACUCAUUACGUCUCUGGCAGAGUUACCAUCCCAGAUGCGGAACUCAAUGCCAUCUCGUGUGCAGUGCGCCUAGCGGUCAAGCAGGCAAACUGCCAACAUAUUAUGGUCUUUACUGACUCUAUGGGCUUGGCCUGUAGAGCGGUUGACCCCUCCAUGCACUCUGGUCAGGCUUUCAGCCUGUCAGUUUGUCACGCUCUCCAAGAGUGGUUUGAGGCGGACGAUCUCUGCCGCAUCACCUUUAUCUACGCUCCAUCUGCUUUGCAGUGGGAUAUUCAUGGUGAGGCACACAAGUACGUCACCAAACUCAAAGUCAGGGUUGGAUGUCGCAAGACAGACAACUCUAUAGACGUGCUACGCUCCCGAGCCGCGCACUCAGUCCUGGAUUCGUGGAGUUCCACUUUCCAGGAUCCAACCUACCGAGGCUCUGAAUUCUUAGAGCUUCAACAGCCUGAUGGGCAGCCGCUACAGCCAUCGUACCUCAAUGGGGGACCUUGGCUUUCAACCUUUGGACACAGUAUCACUGAGUUCGCUCGCGUUUGCCAGUGUAUAACUGGCCACACGCCCAUUGGAGCGUAUUAUCGUCACUUCAAGAUCAACGAGCCUCAUGGCUGCACUUGCGGGGCUGCUUUGCAGUCUCGCCAGCACAUCCUCUUUCGCUGUUGUGAUCGCUACUCUGUGCAUUACCCCUGCUUUCUUGGGGAUAUUGCAUCUUUUAUGAAGUACAACUCUACAGCGUUUGGCUUCAACCAGGACCCUUCAGGGGUCGGAUAA